AAGCUUGGGGACUUGAGUUCGAAUCACAGGCAUCCAAGUUAAAAGUGCUGGCAGAAGCAGAUAUGACUCUCUUUCCGGACAGUUCACUCUGGAUAACUGCCAGGAUCCCAGAACAACAGAUUGGGACCCGUGGCCAUCCUCCCGCCGGCUGCUGGCACUUUCGGUAAGCAGGAGUGCCUGGGGGCGUGGGCGGGGCGGGGCCUAGGAGCACAGGUCCCUGUGUUGUGACGUCAUAAUCUGCAGCCGCGGAGCUCGCCCUUAGCAACCGCCCUGGCGACUGUCGCUGUGACCCUUUGCGCCCCCGCGGUCCUGGUCUUUUCCUUUUCACCUCCGCUGCGGGGGAGCUCGGCUUCAUCCCAGUAAGAACCAAGGGGAUACAACCGCGGAGGCCGCAGGAGGACUAAGCAUGGAUGGCAGCCGGAGAGUCAGAGCAACCUCUGUCCUCCCCAGAUACAGCCCUCCAUGCUUGUUUACAGGACACCUGAGCACCAAGAGCAACGCUUUUUGCACUGAUUCCUCUUCUCUCAGACUAAGCACCCUGCAGCUGGUCAAGAACCACAUGGCUAUUCACUAUAAUAAAAUCCUUUCAGCCAAAGCCGCAGUGGACUGCUCAAUUCCAGUAAGUGUGAAUACUAGCAUCAAAUACAGGAGCCUAGCAUAACUGUCCUCUGAGAGGCUCCACCCAGCAGCUGAUUGAAACAGAUGCAGAGACCACAGCCAAACACUAGACAGAGCUCAAGAAGUCUUGUGGAAGAGCUGGGGGAAGGAUUGAGGAACCUGGAGGGCACAGCAACUCCUCAGGAUGACCAACAGAGUCAAUUAGCCUGGACUCUGGGCUCCCAGAGUCUGAACCACCGACCAAGGAGCAAGCGUGGGAUGGACCUAGUCUCCUCUCCCAUAUUUGGAUUUGCAGCAGAUUUGCAGCUUAGUCUUCCUGUGGGUCCCCCAACAACUGAAGCAGGAACUUACCCACUCUGUUGCCUGCCUGUGGAUCCUGUUCCCUAACUGGGCAGCCUUGUCUGACCUUAGUGGGAGAAGAUGCAGUGACUUGAGGUGCCAGAGCGGAUGCUGACCAACAACGAAGAGAAAAACUGAGGAAGGAGUUGGCACGGUGUGAAAAGGAGUUUAAAUUAAGUAAAUCUGCUAUGCAGACCAAUUCUAAGAUGAAUUCCAAGUUCUUUGUAAAUUCUCUACAGAAGCCCUCAGGGGAACCACAAGACCAGGAUGUGUUCAUAGAAGAAAUGACAAGAUACCCAUCAUUUUCAAAGUCACUCAUCCCUUCUUCCGAGGGACUGCAUCUAAGUCUGCCUGAAUCAAGUAAGAUGCUCAUGAGUGGCACCCAGAAGCAUGCCAGCACCUCUCCAUCCAGACACUCAGGCUGUGGGCAUGGCUGCGACAGGCGGCCUCGGAGUGCCCACCAGUUCCAGGUAGCCCUCGCCAAGACCCCAAGUGGAGAUCUGUUGGAAAAGCACUCUGACCUCUUCUCUAACAAGCAGUCGCCAUUCACUCCACGAACUUUAAAAACAGAAGCAAAGUCCUUCCUGUCACAGUACCGCUACUACACACCUGCCAAAAGAAGAAAGGAUUUUUCAGAUCAGCGGAUGGAAGCUGAAACCCAAACUGAAUUAAGCAGCUUUAACUCUGAGCUUGGGACAGCUGAGAAAACGAGCUCAAAGGACUCAGAAGUGAACAUAAACCAGGUACCUAAUUACACGAGAAAUGGUGCUGAAGACAAAAUAGCUCCUUUACCCUCACAAGGACAAAACUUAGCAUGGGACAGUAUUCAAGAUGGGAUUCUGCAGCAGUCCUCAGAAAGGGCAUCCUGUAAGCUCUCCACAGAGUUUUCUCCAGACAGUAAAAUCUACUCUGAUGAAGAAGAGCUGCUGUACCUGAGUUUCAUGGAAAAUGUGACGGAUGAAAUCUUGAAACUUGGUUUAUUUUCUAACAGGUUUCUAGAGCGACUGUUUGAGCGACAUAUAAAGAAAAAUAAACAUCAUUUGGAGGAGGGAAAGAUGCGCUACCUGCUGCAUGGGCUGAAGGUUGACUUAGGCUGCAUAUCUGAGGAAGACCCAGCAAAGCAAAAACAUUUCAGAAUGUUGAAUCAACUUCAUUUUCAAAAGGCUCUGAUUUCAAGAGAAAAUGAGUUUGUAAGUGAUGAAGAAACAGUGAGUCACCACGAGCGCCAGCAGUACCAGGAGGCCCUGGACAUGCUGUCGGCUGUGCCGAAGGACGAAAACAAGAUGUUCUCUUUACCGGGCGAAUUUUUAAUACCCGCCCAUAAAGUCAAGCAUUCAGAGGGUGUUAUAAUUCAACAGGUCAAUGACGAAACAGAUAAUGAAGCCUCACCCUGGAAUGAAAACAAUCCAAGUGUUUCUGAUAGUGUAAUAGACCAGGAAACCUCUGUGGAUGUCAUUGAAGGUGACAGUGACUUUGAAAGGGCUGAGACUUCCAGGGAACUCUGUUGUCUGAGCACAUCACUGUCCCCAUCUGGUCCAUUCCCCAGCAUCAAUGGUGGCAGUAAUCAUGGUAAGGAAUUAUCGACUCUACGAAUCAUGGGAAUGAGCAUUGAAGACUGACCUCUGGAUCUACAUUAAUAAACACUCCAUGUGGCCAGUAACUCAAUAUUACUUUUCUUCUUUUUUUUUGUCCCCUUUUACAUAUUAAGAUUUCUGUAAUUUCAAUGCUAUGUAAUAAAUUACCACAAUUUUAGUGUC